AUGUCUAGCAGAGACGCCUCUCUGACGCCCCUUAAGGCAGUAGUGAUAGACGACCCUCCACUGAGGCAAACCCCAGAACCAUUCGAUGAACAGUCAACAUUCGAUCCCCAGUCACCCAUUGCCAUUGAUUUUGGAUCAAGCAAACUAAGAGCUGGGUUUGUUAAUCAUGCUACCCCCACCCAUAUUUUUCCUAAUGUACUGACUAAGUUUAGAGACAGAAAGUUAAACAAAAAUUUUACCUUUGUCGGUAAUGACACCUUAUUGGAUCAAGCUGUGCGCUCGCAAUCUAGAAGCCCAUUUGACGGACCCUUUGUAACCAACUGGAAUCUUACAGAAGAAAUAUUGGACUACACUUUUCAUCAUUUGGGAGUAAUACCAGAGAAUGGAAUUCCUAAUCCAAUAUUACUUACCGAAAGGCUGGCAACGGUUCAAUCACAACGAGCAAACUGGUACCAGAUUUUGUUUGAAACUUACAAUGUGCCAGGUGUCACUUUCGGAAUAGACAGUCUGUAUGGUUUUUACAACUAUAACCCAAGCGGAAAUAAAACGGGUUUGGUCAUCGAUUGUGGCCAUGAGGAUACCAAUGUAAUUCCUAUAGUUGAUGGAGCAGGUAUCUUAACAGAUGCGAAAAGGAUUAAUUGGGGAGGACAUCAAGCGGUUGACUACUUGAAUGAUUUGAUGGCUUUGAAAUAUCCAUAUUUUCCAACGAAGAUGUCUUAUUUACAGUAUGAAACGAUGUAUCAAGAUUAUUGCUAUGUUUCACGAAAUUAUGAUGAAGACAUUAAGAAAAUACUCACUUUGGAGAGCCUUGAUACAAAUGAUGUGGUAGUAGAAGCACCUUUCACAGAAGUCCUUCAGCCUCAAAAGACAGAAGAGGAAUUGCGAAUCCAAGCCGAAAAGAGGAAGGAAACUGGGAAGCGCUUGCAAGAACAAGCACGUUUGAAAAGAAUGGAAAAAUUGGUUCAGAAGCAGGAGGAAUUUGAAUAUUUCUCGAAAGUCAGAGACCAACUAAUUGACGAGCCUAAGAAGAAAGUGCUCUCGGUUUUGCAAAACGCUGGUUUUGACGAUGAACGUGAUUUUAAAAAGUAUCUUCAUAGCUUAGAGCAAUCACUAAAGAAAGCACAAAUGGUUGAAGCAGAAGAUGACAGUCACUUGGAUGACAUGAAUGAAGACAAAACGACCCAGAAAUUCGACUUACUUGAUAUCGCAGACGAAGAUCUAAAUGAAGACCAGGUCAAAGAAAAAAGGAAGCAAAAAUUUUUGAAGGCCAGUCAAGAUGCUAGACAAAAGGCUAAAGAAGAAAAGGAAAGAGUCGCAAAGGAAGAAGAAGAAAAAAAAUUAAAAGAGCAGCAAUGGCGCGAAACUGAUUUAAAUGGUUGGAUAAAGGACAAAAGAUUGAAACUGAACAAACUAAUAAAAAGGAGAAAAGAAAAAUUAAAGCUACGUGAUGAAAUGAAGGACAGAAAAUCUCAAGUUUCACAAAAUAGAAUGAAAAACUUAGCUUCAUUGGCUGAGGAUAACGUUAAACAAGGGGCCAAACGUAAUAGACACCAAGCUACCAUAGAUAAUGAUCCAAAUGACACUUUUGGCGCUAAUGAUGAAGAUUGGCUUAUUUAUACUGAUAUCACUCAAAAUCCUGAAGCGUUCGAAGAAGCCUUAGAGUAUGAGUACAAAGACAUCGUGGAACUUGAGGGACUACUUUUAGAACACGAUCCAAACUUUACUGAAGAGGACACGUUGGAAGCACAGUACGAUUGGAGAAAUUCGAUCCUUCACUUGUUUUUAAGAGGACCUAGACCUCACGAUAGCGAAAAUAUCCACGAACAACACCAAAUGCACCUGAAUGUAGAACGUAUAAGGGUACCGGAAGUGGUAUUUCAACCGACAAUGGGCGGACAGGAUCAAGCCGGUAUUUGCGAAUUAUCCGAAACCAUCUUACUAAAAAAAUUUGAUUCCCAACCAGGAAAAUUGAGUCAGACUUGCAUAGACAUGGUGAAUAACGUUUUUAUUACCGGCGGUAAUGCUAAGGUGCCUGGAUUGAAAGAGCGUAUUGUGAAAGAAUUCACUGGAUUCCUUCCUGUCGGUACCAAUAUCACUGUAAAUAUGUCUUCAGAUCCUUCGUUGGAUGCCUGGAAGGGUAUGGCGGCUCUAGCACGAAACAAUGAACAGUAUAAGAAAACAGUUAUAAGUAAGCAAGAAUACGAAGAGUACGGACCAGAUUACAUCAAAGAGCAUAAUUUAGGGAAUACGAAAUAUUUUGAAGAUUAG